AAACCCCCUGAAUUCUCCCUGCCCCGCCCCUCAGCGUUCCUGCUGUGGGAGCCCGAGCGCGUUCCCGAGCGGCUGCGGGCGCUGACCGAGGAUCAUUCCCGCAUGGAGCGGAUCCUGCGGCAGUCGGGGCUGCGCUGCGUCUACGUCAUGCCCCCGCACAUCGCCGUGGAGCAGCCGCUCACCGGGGAUUACGAGGUAUCGGUGGGCGUGGCCGGCGGGCCGGGAUCCUCCCGGCAGAUCUCGGCACUGGAUCUCGGACACUUCAUGCUCCGCUGCCUCCGGAGCGACGAGUUCGACGGGAAGAGCGUCUACGUCAGCCGCCACUACCCCAAGGAGUAGGGAUCCACCCCCGGGAUCCACCCCAGCCGGGAUCCACCCCAGCCGGGAUCCACCCCGGGGCUUGGGGGAUUCCUCGGGAUCGAGUUCCCGGGAUGAUCCCAGGGACUGGGGGAUCCUUUUGGGAUUCACAUCCUGGGAUCUUCUCGGGAUCAUCCCGGGGACCGGGGAUCCCUCUGGGAUCGUCCCAGGAAUUCGGGGAUUCCUUUGGGAUUCGCGUCCCGGGAUGAUCCCAGGCAUUGGGGGAUCCCCCCCUCCCCCCAUUCCCAAGGAGAUUAAAUCUGUGCUUUUCCCAGCC